AACUGAUGUCUAUUCUUCAUACAAUGAACUAAUGUGACUGUUUCGAUAUAUUGAAAACAUUUCUAAGAUUUUUCGAGUACACUCUUAUUUAAAAUAAAUCGUUAUUUUAGCUUUGGUAUGUGUAAAGAAGGUAUAUUUGAUGGAAAAUUAACAUCUACAUUUUGUGGUACACCUGAUUAUAUUGCACCUGAAAUUCUUCAAGAACUAGAUUAUUCAUUUUCUGUUGAUUGGUGGGCAUUAGGAGUAUUAAUGUAUGAAAUGAUGGCUGGACAACCACCAUUUGAAGCUGAUGAUGAAGAUAGUCUAUUUGAAUCGAUUUUACGUGAUGAAGUACUUUAUCCUGUUUGGUUAUCAAAAGAAGCCGUACAUAUUCUUAAAUCAUUUAUGACAAAAAAUCCAGCUAAACGUCUUGGUUGUGUAGCAGCACAAGGUGGUGAAGAUGCAAUUAAACGUCAUGCAUUUUUUGCUGGAAAAAUUGAUUGGGAAGCAUUAGAACAUCGACAAGUUAAAUCACCAUUUAAACCAAAAGUGGUUAAUCCACGAGAUACAAGUAAUUUUGAUAAAGAUUUUACAAAUAUGCCUGUCGCAUUUACACCAAUUGAAUCUGUUAUUGUUAAAGCAAUAAAUCAAGAUGAAUUUCAAGAUUUUUCAUAUCAAAAUCCUGAUUGGCGUUGUUUAGAACGUGGUGAAGUACCUAAAGAUGAUGCUAAUGAAGGUCGACGUGCAUUACGUGAUGAUUUAGCUGUUAAUUUAAAACAAACAUUACCAAUGACACCAAUAUCAUCAAAUCCAUCAACAACAAAUGAUAAUGUUUCAUCAACAAUAACAGUUGUUAAAACCGAUCAUAUGCCAAUACCACAUACAGAAACAAAACGAAAUUCAACUCCAACACCAUUUCAAUUAAAUUCCAUACCAUCAUCAUCAUCAUUGACAAAUGCUCAACAAAAAUCAAUGAAACAUAAUAAUAUAAAUAAUAAAACAGUAAUUAUAAAUCGUUCAACAACAGAUGAAACAGAUAUGUAA